CAUUAUGAGCCUUUACUCUUCCUUCCCUUUGAAGUUGAACACCCUUUUUAUUACACCACCUCCAUUAAAAAAGAACACCAAAGGCGCACUGGGACGUUGGGGUUGUUGUUCUUCUUGUUACUCCAUCUCUCCUUCGGAAACACACAACAUUUUCCUUCUCAUUUCACUUCACUUCUCAUUUUUAUUUCGGAUUUCUCUUUUCCCUGCCGUGUGUUUGUUUUCUUUUUAUUUUCUGGGCGUUUCUUAACCACCAUCCCUUGUGUGUGUGAGAGAGAGAAGAAUUAAGUGGAGUGAGGAACAGUCUUUUCAUGUGGACUGGCAUUCACACACCUAACCUGAUUUGCCUGCCCUCCUUUUUUGUCACUUCACUUCCCUUUUCCAGCAUUACUUGAUACAAGCUCAGUUAGUAGUUCAUACCCUCUCUUGGUUUUUGAGGGGCCAUUUUGCAAAUAGUGUUUUGAUUUGGAGUAAAUGGCGAUUUCGAGUGCAAAGGGAUCCCCGAAGGCUCCAACGCUGCCGUUGCCGUCCCCGAAAGCGCCGCCUGGCUACCCGGAUUUGUACGGGAAGCGUCGCGAGAUCAGCAGACUUCAUAUGCUUGAAAGAGAGAUAAGUUUUCUUGAGGAAGAAUUGAAAUCUUCUGAAGGCUUUCAACCGGCUUCAAGAUGUUGCAAAGAGAUUGAUGAUUUUGUCAUGGCAAAAGCAGAUCCCCUCUUGCCCACCAGGAAGAAGGAAAAAAGCCGGUCACGUCGCUUCUGGAAGUGGUUGUGUUGCACGCCCUGCUCUACCUUGUGCUCCUGCCUCUGCUGCUGUUGCUGCUGCGAACCCCGGUGUUGCGACGGGUGCUCUAAGCAUCUGAGUUUACCAAGCUGUAGCUGUUGCCAAUAUUUGAGGCAAUGCAGCUGCAAAUGUCUCACACCAGCCACCAAUUGUUGCCGCGGUUCGAAAUCUCGCUGCUGCAAAGGUAGCUGUGGGUGCCAGAAUUGCUGCAUUCCACCAAGUUGCAAUUCAUGUCCUUGCCUUUCUUGCUGCAGUUGCAAGUGUUCUUGCUCUUGCACUUGCCCUACCUGCCCAAAGGUUCCACAGAAUUGUUGUUGUACAAAUACAAAGUCAUGUUGGAAUCCCUGCUGCUGUUAUUCUUGCUAGUAAUUAAUUUUUGUAGGUUACAUAAAAGUUUUGGUGGUUUGGUUUCAGCUUUUAUCAAAGGAAAUUAAUUAUCAGUGUUAGGAAAGAUUUGAAUUAGUAUCUUUGGGAGUUAUGACACUAAAUGCACUUGCCCAAGAAAAAAAAAAAAGUAGUUCUAAAAUUAUGAGUAUAAAUUUGGAAAUGAGAAGGUAGAGUUCUCUUGAAAACAAGUAUAAUAGGUCCAUGAAAGAUUGUGGGUCAGAUAAGUUUUAAGUGUGUCCAGUGUUUCAUGUGAAAGGAAAGACGCAAUAGUGAAAUAGUGGAAAAUUGCUGUCCUUUUUACGGUUUCCAUGGUUUGAUUGAAGCCAAGUUGGCCAAUGUAUAUAUUUUUGCUUGAAA